CAACUCGGCACAGGGAGGAUCCCUCACCAGAGCUGUUCCAGUUGGUGCUGAAAUUAUAAAACAUCCACGUCAUGACGCUAGUGACGGGCAGUUGGCUUUUGGAUGCUGCAUUGCUGUUGGUACCUCUGCUUUACUGGUACGCGACGCGGAACUUCAACUACUGGAAGAAGCUGGGAAUCCCCUACAUGGAGCCCACACCUUACUUUGGCAACAUGGGUAGCGUUGUGAUCGGCCAGAAGCACAUGGGGGAACCAGUCUUCGAAUGCUACCGCAAGGCCGGAAAUGUUCCCUUCAUGGGCAUGUUCGCGUUCGACAAGCCCAUCCUCUUGGUGAAGGACCCCGCUCUCAUAGGACGCAUCAUGAGCACAGACUUUUCCACAUUCUACGCAACCAAUGCUAAGAUCGACCCAGCGACUGAUCCGGUCAUUGCCACGUCUCUUUUUGGCCAACAUGGCGCAGGGUGGAGGAAACUACGUACUGUGCUAUCCCCAGCAUUCACUUCUGGCAAAAUGAAGCUCAUGUUUCACCUAGUGAACGAAACUGGACAGAAACUUGCCCAUCACCUCGAUUCCGCAGCCUCAAAAGGCAUAGCAGUUGAACUGAAGGACGUCAUGGGCCGUUAUACGACGGAUGCGGUUUGCUCCAUCUUCUUGGGGGUCGACGCUAAUUCUCUCGAGAACCCAAAGUCUCCACUGCGAGAGCACGUGCAGGGAAUCUUGAGAGAUACCGUCGUUGGAAGGAUCGUCACCACGCUGGCGUUCUUCGCUCCACAGAUCCUGUCCACACUCCGCAUCCGACUUGGCAGCAAGAAAGUAGAGGACUUCUUUGUACAAAACACAGUUAAGCUGAUAGAACACCGGAAGGAAACGGGCAUUGUUCGGAACGACGUAAUUGACAUGCUCACGAAAAUUAAGGAAGAACAGGCAGAGGGCGAUAAGGAACAACUCAAGCUGACGAACGAGCUCAUCGCAGGCCAGCUGAUGUCGUUCUUGGCUGCUGGCUUCGACAACUCGUCUUCGACGCUGGCCUUCGCCCUGUUCGAGCUGGCGUGGAACCAGAGUCUGCAGGAGGAGGUGCGCCGGCACGUGCGCCACGUGCUGAGAAAACACGGCGGCCACAUCACGUACGAGGCUGUCAGCGAGAUGACGGACCUCACCAACGUCGUUAGUGAGACGCAGCGGAAGUACCCCACAGUGAAUUUCCUGAACCGCGAGGCGUCUCGCGACUACAGGAUAGAAGGAACGGACAUCGUGCUGCCCAAGGGCACCGCGGUCUUCGUGUCGGUGGCCGGUCUCCACUCCGACCCCAAGUACUGGAAGGAGCCGCUCAGGUUCUGGCCGGACCGCUUCAGGGAGGAGAACUCCAGGGACCGACCGAGCCACACGUUCAUGCCGUUCGGCGAGGGCCCCAGGACGUGCCUCGGUAUGAGACUCGCGUACAUGCAGGUGAAAGUGGCUCUCGUGCACAUUCUCAACAACUUCGAAGUGCACCCAGCGCCUUCCACACCUACCAGUUUGAGUUACCAUCCAUCAAGGUUUGUCGGAACUCCAGCUGUAAAUCUGUCCCUACUCUUCAAGAAACCCACCUCUUUGUAAAGGAUAGCUGCCUGCAGGAUUCAGGCUGCGACAUCACUGACCUGGAAUCUCAAUGCUUUUAUCAUAUAGGCAGAGCGAUCACAGUAUUUCUAUGUUGAACCAAACAGUAUAACUGAUUCAAGUAUUUAUUUGUGAGUAUAAUUCGGAUACUUCUCCUUAUCCAAGUAUUGUAUUGUUAUCAGUUAUGUAUGUUUCUACGACAUUUUGUAAUAAAAGCUUCUGUUAAA